AUGGGCCUCAAGCUCCUACGGCUCGCGGCGACGCUCCUUUCCCCGGGGGCCUCCGGCGCUGACGCGCAGAGCGCGGUCCUGCGGGCGACGACGCACCACCCGUCGACGGCCCCGCUGUACGCGCACCACCUGAACGCGCUCCUCGCCUUCGGCCGCGGCUCGCGCCUCUCCGCCGCAGCGCUCGAGGAGGCGUUCACGGACCGCCUGCGCGCCGCCGCCUCCGGCAGCGGCGACGCCGCCGUGGCCCUCAAGUGCCUCGUGGCGCUCAGGGUCCUGCUCGCCCACGGCGCCUUCAUCCUCCGCGACCAGCUCCUCGUCGCCCUCCUCCGCCACCCGGCCUCCGGACGCAACCCGCUCGCGCUCACCGCCUUCCCGCUGGGCCGCUCCUUCGCCGCGGCCUCCUGGGUCAGGUUCUCCGCGCGCCUGCUCGAGGUCCUCCUCCUCCUGCCGGACGCCUCCUGCGACGCCGAGUACCUCACCGCGCUCCCCAACCCGCACCUCGUCUCCGAGCUCGCCGCCUUCGCCUCCGUCGCCUGGGCCCCCGCGCGUCGCUCCCGCUCGCCCCUCACGCGGCGUGGGGCGCGCUCAAGUACUUCGUGCCGGCGCUAGAGUGGGUGCCCCACUACGGCCUCGACAAGUUCAAGUUCGACCUCCUCUCCGGCCUCACCAUCGCCAGCCUCACCUCCCCCCGCCACCGCGCCUCCUCCCGCCGCUCAACGGACCUCCUCCUCCACCCUAAACGAAGGGACAGCGGCGACGGCGGUUCCAGACCGAACGGCGUCGCGGUCAGAGAUUGGAUGGUACUUCAAAUGCAGAGUCUGAAGCUCUGCUCAAAUCUCUAUCGAUGUUUGGAAGAGCAGCUGAAUAUAUAUGUAUGUUUUCUGUACGAAAACAAGCCAUGAUCCACUCUCUCAAGUUCUUCACAAUUCAAUACUCAACAUGGGUGUGCCGACAGGAGCAUGUAAAGUCGUCAAAAUGCGCUCUAAAAGAUGCCAUCUGUUUGCACAUUGACAAGAUAGUUGUGUCUUCAGCAGACUCCUUGUGCAGUGGGUUGAUGCUAUAAAGAUCCAUCGUGCAAGACAUCAGGAAUGCAAACGCAAGGAGCCAUCAUAACUGGAUAAUCGAAAACGAGUAAUUCCUACUGCUAAUCUGAGGCCUCUUUGCGAUUCCGGUUGCAUUUUACCAGCCUAUUGUUCCUUUGAUGCUGGAAAAGCAAGGGAGAGAGACAGAGCGCCUGACAUAUCAGUAGGCGGUGUAUCUCCUUUAUUCCACUUUUCUUCAACCAUCGGUUUUCUAGAAGAUGUGUUGUCCCCCAGUGCUGGCUUGAGAUCCUGUGUGUUCUGUUCAGGUAAAUCUUCAGACUGAACGGUCAUGCUAUUUCCAGUCGCUGCAUCAUCCACCGAGUUUAUAUCUGCAUCAUCCACCACGUUUAGAUCUAGCGGAAAUGUGCACUUUCCAUUACUCUUUGAGAUUCCUGCCAUGGUCUUAUUGUCAGUGCAAUCAUGAACAGGUAAAGCUGCUAGAGGGUGUACCUUGGAUGAUAGCCUUCCAUCUCUGAUCCUCCACCCUAAACGAAGGGACAGCGGCGACGGCGGUUCCAGACCGGACGGCGUCGCGGUCAGGUAUGUCCUGCUCCCUCUCCCCUCACUUAUCCCGACC